ACGAAUAAUAUCAAAGUAUAAAGAAAAAAAUAAAUUAACUAAAAGAAAUAAAUUAAAUAAUUAAAAUUAACUCAACACAAAUAAGUGCGUUAAGUCUAGUGAAGUUAGUUAUUUUAAUAUAUUUCUUACACAAUGAAGAAUUUGUAUUUUGGGCCCAUUACAAAAAUACUAUUAAUAACUAUUACAUUGAGCAACAUACUGAAUUACGUUUGUGCUGCUAAUGAAACCGUGGAUGAGAACUGUCCACCGCUCACGGAUGCGGCUAAUCUUCAAUAUACAGAACUAAUCCAGAGAAUGACACAUGUGUGUCGCUACGAUCGCCUGGAGCGACCCAUAGAAUACGACGUGGAAACAUCGAAGCGUCUGCCGAUUGUGGUGAAGAUGCGCAUCUAUGUUUACCUGCUGCAGAAUCUCAACUCAGACUUGCUGCAAUUUAAAAUGCAUGCACUGCUCCAGCUAAGCUUCCAGGAUAAGCGACUGGCAUACAAGGAUUUUGCGCCAUCGCGAUCGGAAACGAUACUGGGGCAGAAACAUUUGAGUGAACGCCUCUGGCUGCCGCACAUAUUCUUUACCAAUGAGCGAGAGUCGAGCAUCCUUGGAACCGAUGAGAAGGAUGUGCUCACCUCCAUCUCACGCGAAGGCAAUGUGAUCAUCUCCACGCGCAUUCAAGCAACUCUCUACUGCUGGAUGAACUUUAAGAAGUUUCCCUUCGAUCAGCAAUAUUGUUCCACGGUGAUGGAAAGCUGGAUGUAUAAUACUUCCGAUUUAUUACUGGAGUGGGAGGAUCACAUGCCGAUAUCCUUUGAUCCCGAUAUGCGACUCACCGAAUAUAACUUGGAAGACUUCUGGCACAAUACAUCCGUUGUCCACUCGGACGAUGUCAAUUUGCGGCACGGAGCAUUCAAGGGCGAUUACAGUAUGCUAAGCUAUACGGUUAGUUUGCAGCGCGAGUUUGGUUUCUAUCUAUUGGACUAUUAUCUGCCAUCCAUGAUGAUUGUCGCCAUUUCUUGGGUAACCUUCUGGCUGCAGGCGGAUGCUUCACCUCCGCGUAUUAUGUUAGGAACUAGCACGAUGUUGUCAUUUAUAACGCUGUCCUCAUCACAGAGCAAAACGCUGCCGAAGGUCAGCUAUAUAAAGGUCUCGGAGGUGUGGUUUAUUGGCUGCACCUUCUUCAUCUUUGGCAGCCUGGUGGAGUUCGCGUUUGUCAAUACGAUAUGGCGGCGCAAGGAGAAUAUUGAGCUGAAGAAAGUGAACAGUAAAUAUAUAAUAAAGUCAACAUUAACGCCACGCCCCUCUCGCCGAAACCUGGGCGGCAGUUUGAGUAACGAAUCUAGAGCACGCUCCUGCUCCAGCCUGGACAAUAUUGUGUCCAGCACGGAGAGUGUGCGCAAUGGCAAUGGUACUGUGAAUCCUGGCUUUAACAAUUACCUGACAGUGCACCCCAAUCUGCCCAUUAUUCGCACUGAGUGCGCCGACAAUGUUUCCGUUUGCAGUACUCGUUCCACUAACGAUCACGUUAUCGAUAUUGAGAAGGAUAAGGAGAAGGAUGCUCCAACAUUUACAACCAUGACGCCGCAGGAGAUUGCCAUGUGGAUUGAUAGACGAUCACGUUUAUUGUUUCCCGGCAUGUUCUUGGCUUUCAAUGCGCUUUACUGGACUUUUGUCUAUUGUUUUUAAGACUAUGCGAAUAUAUUUUAACACACAUAUUUUAACACAGUAUAUGUGUAUUUAAAUGUGCAUUGAUAACACACGCUCACACUCAUACACUCAUACACACACACACACACACACACAAUUGUUGCCAUACAUGUGAAUUCUUGUCGCUUGUGUUUGUUUUCUUUUACUAUUACGUUUAUUGUAAUAUGUAUUGAUUAGUUGUAAGUCGCAUCAUCUCAUAGUCAUAGUUGUAUAAAUGUCACUCAUGUCUUAUAACUAUAAUCAAUAUAUAUUUUAAGUACAAAAAUACAGAGAAAAGAAUAUUUAAAUUAAGCUUUUAAAUAAUGCGGGCUUGUGCCUUAAGUGUGACCACAUAUUUGUUGGAAAAAAACACACCCUGUUUAACAAACAUGCUGUUAACUGUCUUAUGAGUCACAUCACCAGAUGGCGCUUUUGCUCUCAGUACCUAAGACAAUAUAUAGAUGGCAUCAUUUGCGUGUGCAAAAUAAAACGAACGAAAUGCUUCAUUAAUGAUAAUUGAAUAA